AUGCGUCACUUCUACAAGGUUGCAUUAGUCUUGCCGCUUCUGGGUAUUGCUCAAAGUUUCGCUGUAGAGAGCCGCCAACUCAGUCCCGGGAAACCAGCAGAAGAACCACAACAUGUCAAGGUCGUGGGUAUCAGCGUGUUAGGAAGCGGUUGCCCAAAAGGCACCGCUGAUGUGCAGGUUGAUACCACGGGUACACUGUUUGAGGUUACUUUCUCCGAGUACGAGGUCGAAACCGGUCCGGACACCAUGCCAAAGGAUUGGCGUAAGAACUGCAAACUUACCAUUAAUAUGGAGUUUACGCCGGGUUAUCAGUUCUCUAUCGUUGAUACGGAUAUGUAUGGCUACGCUGAAAUCCCCGCCAAGGUCAACGGCCAGUGCGUCAAUACAUACUCUUUCACAGGUGGCGGAUCAGAUCAUGUCGAUUUUAAGCUGCCUCUCAAGGGUCCUUACAGUGGCAACUUUGAUCUUCAUUCUAACCCAGGCAUUUCUUCCUAUUCGCCCUGUGGAGGCAGCACUGCCAUUCUUAAUAUGAAUACAGCUUGCGCCAUUAGCCCGACAAACUUGCCGGCGCUGAUUGCGGUCGACCACAUUAGCGGCGUUCUGACGGUCAAAUUCCAUCUUGACUGGCGCCCUUGCCCGAAGUAA